UGGAGAGGCGGAGAAAACAUCACACACCCCUUUUGCAGUUCUGGCAACUGAAAUUAGACCUGAGAGAAAAGAGAAGUCUCUCGCAGUGAGGGAAGUGGACACAAACAUGGAGGUCAGCCACACUUGGGAUGAUGAGCUCGUUUUCUUUGUUAACGGGAAGAAGGUGGUGGAGACAAACCCAGAUCCUGACAUGACAUUACUCACCUACCUGAGGACGAAAGUGGGCCUCCAGGGAACCAAGCUGGGUUGUGCUGAAGGAGGUUGUGGAGCGUGCACAGUAAUGUUGUCUAAAUAUCAAGAAGACACGCAACAGCUACUUCAUUAUGCCAUCAACGCCUGCCUGGCGCCCAUCUGUUCCUUGCACCUGGUUGCCGUGACCACAGUGGAAGGUAUUGGCAGUGUUGCUCGACAACUGCAUCCUGUGCAGGAGAGAAUAGCGAAGGCUCACGGCUCGCAGUGCGGCUUCUGCACGCCAGGUAUUGUCAUGUCCAUGUACGCCCUGCUCAGAACCAACCCUACACCACACAUGGCUGACAUGGAGGAGGCCUUCCAAGGAAACCUUUGUCGCUGUACUGGAUAUCGACCCAUCCUGGAGGCCUAUAAGACUUUUACUGUGGAGGGAGGAUGCUGUGGGAGGAGGGAUCAGAACAGUGGCUGCUGCAUGACCAAUCAGGAAGUAGAUGAUGAGAAGCCGUCCUCCAUGCUGUUCAACACCGCUGGCUUUGCACCGCUUGACCCCACGCAGGAGGUCAUCUUUCCACCUGAGCUGAUGGCUCUCAGCAAAAAUCAGAAGACAUGUUCACUGCGCUUCCAAAGCGAGAGGACGGUGUGGCUGCAGCCUGACAACCUGGACACGUUUCUGCAUCUGAAAUGGAAACAUCCUGAAGCCCGAGUGGUGGUAGGAAACACGGAAGUGGGUAUAGAAGUAAAGUUCAAGAACAUAUUGUAUCCAGUCAUUCUGGCGCCAGCAUUCAUCCCCGAGCUCCACAGAGUGGAACACACCAGUGAUGGUAUUGUGUUUGGUGCGGCCUGCACUCUCAGCCAAAUGGAAUCGGUGUUAAAACAGGCCGUAGCCACGCUUCCUCCUCACCAGACUGAAGUCUUCCUCGCCCUGCUGGAGCAGCUGCGCUGGUUUGCCGGUCUGCAGAUACGCAACGUUGCAGCCAUUGGUGGUAACAUCAUGACUGCCAGCCCCAUAUCAGACCUUAAUCCAGUUUUUAUGGUGGCCAGCUGUAAACUCACAUUGAUGGACAAAGAUGGAAGUCGCGUGGUUCAGAUGGACGACAGUUUCUUCGUAGGAUACAGGAGGACACUGCUGCGACCACAAGAAGUCCUGCUCUCCAUAGAAGUCCCCUACAGCACCAGGAAUCAGUUUGUCUCAGCCUUCAAACAAUCCCCUCGCCGAGAAGACGACAUCAGCGUGGUCACGGCGGCCAUGAGUGUUACCUUCACACCUGGCACCUGCGUGGUGGAGGACUUGAAGCUGAGCUACGGCGGCAUGGCGGCGACCACGGUGAUGGCUACAAACACAGCAGGCAAACUCCUUGGAAGGUGCUGGGGGGAGGAGUUGUUGGACGACGCGUCCUCCUUAUUGGCAAAGGAGUUGACCCUUCAUCCCUCUGUGCCAGGGGGGAUGGUUACGUAUCGGCAAACUCUGACCCUCAGCCUCUUCUACAAGUUCUACCUGACCGUGCUGCACAAACUCCGAGGGCAGGGUUUGAACGUGGAGACACUCCCAUCUGACGUCCUUAGUGCCACAGAGCUCUACCACCCAGAGACGCCAUCUAGCGUCCAGAUCUACCAGGAGGUCCCAAAAGGUCAGAGCCAAGAUGACGUGCUGGGCCGUACCAUGAUGCACCUCUCUGCCUUGAAGCAGGCGACGGGCGAGGCGGUGUACUGUGACGACAUGCCGCUGUUUGAGCAGGAGUUGUACCUGGCACUCGUCACCAGCAGCAAGGCACACGCUCGCAUCCUCUCCAUUGACUCGUCAGCAGCUGAACAAUCUCCUGGCUUUGUCUGCUGUCUCUUUGCUGGUGACAUACCUGGCAGCAACACCUGUGGGACAAUUGUGCACGAUGAGACCGUCUUUGCUGACCGCCAGGUUACAUGUGUGGGUCACAUCAUCGGCGCUGUGGUGGCCGACACUCAGCUUCAUGCCCAGCGAGCCGCCAAAGCCGUCAAGAUCCACUACGAGGAGCUGCAGCCUAUCGUCACCAUACAGGAAGCAAUUGCUGCCCAAUCCUUCUAUCAGCAAAAGAGAACUAUGCAGAAGGGAGACCUGGAGGCUGGCUUUAAACAGGCAGACCAUGUUCUGGAAGGUGAGAUGCACAUCGGUGGCCAAGAACAUUUCUACCUGGAGACCCACGCCACAGUGGCUGUCCCACGGGGGGAAGAUGAUGAAAUGGAGAUCUUUGUCUCCACUCAGGCUCCCUCUCACACGCAGUUCUCGGUGGCCGAAGCUUUGGGCAUCCCUGCCAACAGGGUGGCAGUCCGUGUGAAAAGGAUGGGUGGAGGCUUUGGGGGGAAAGAGAGUCGCUCCACCCUUCUUUCUACUGUGGUGGCUGUGGCAGCGCACAAGCUGCAGCGGCCCGUCAGGUGCAUGUUGGACAGAGAUGAAGACAUGCUGAUCACUGGAGGAAGACAUCCAUUCUAUGGAAAAUACAAGGUGGGUUUCCUCAAAAGCGGUAAGAUCGUAGCUCUGGAUGUGUCCUACUACAGUAACGCUGGAAACUCCCUUGACCUCUCUCUCGCAAUCAUGGAGCGCGCUCUGUUCCACAUGGAGAACGCCUACAGGAUUCCAAACGUCCGUGGUCGUGGCUUCUUGUGCCGCACCAACUUACCGUCUAAUACUGCCUUCAGAGGAUUUGGAGGUCCCCAAGGCAUGCUGGUCGCUGAGAGCUGGAUAACAGAUGUGGCUCAGAGCCUUGGCGUGCCGACGGACAAGGUCUGGGAAGUGGGACUCACAGUACCAAAUCAGUGUGGUAAGUUAUUUAUUCCUUUGCAGGUUCGCAGAUUGAACCUGUACAAAGAAGGCGACUCGACCCCUUACAACCAGGUCCUGGAACAGAUCACAUUGGACCGCUGCUGGGACGAGUGCCUUUCCCGUUCAGGAUAUCGGGAGCGGCGAGCUGCUGUUGAGCUCUACAACAAACAGAAUCGAUGGACAAAACGAGGCCUUGCCGUCAUACCAACCAAGUUUGGCAUCAGCUAUACCGCUUUAUUCCUUAACCAGGCCGGAGCACUGGUCCACAUUUACACAGAUGGCUCGGUGCUGCUGACCCAUGGUGGGACAGAAAUGGGACAAGGACUCCACACAAAAAUGGUCCAGGUUGCCAGCCGGGUUCUCGGCGUGCCCCACUCAAAGAUCCACAUAUCAGAGACCAGCACUAGUACUGUCCCUAACACAAGUCCCACUGCUGCCUCAGUGUCCUCGGACCUCAAUGGAGCUGCUGUGAAAAAUGCCUGCCAGAAACUUCAAGAGCGUCUAGACCCCUACAAAAGCAAAAAUCCUCAAGGAUCAUGGGAAGACUGGGUCAAAGCAGCGUAUUUUGACCGAAUUAGCCUGAGUGCCAACGGCUUUUACAAGACUCCAGAUCUAGGAUAUGACUUUGAAACCAAUUCUGGCCGAGCGUUCAACUACUUCAGCUACGGUGUGGCCUGUUCUGAAGUGGAGGUUGAUUGUUUGACUGGAGCUCACAAGAACGUGAGCUCGACCAUUGUGAUGGACGUUGGCAUCAGCCUCAACCCAGCCAUCGACAUCGGUCAGGUUGAGGGGGCUUUCAUGCAGGGUGUGGGAUUGUUCACCCUGGAGGAGCUCCACUAUUCUCCGGACGGUGUCCUCCUCACUCGGGGUCCAGGUUCUUACAAGAUCCCGGCCUUUGGUGACAUUCCAACCCAUCUGACUGUGUCGCUGCUUCGUGACGCGCCCAACGACAAGGCCAUCUUUGCCUCCAAGGCUGUGGGCGAACCUCCUUUGUUCCUUGCGGCAUCCGUUUUCUUCGCCAUCAAAGACGCCAUAAAGGCAGCACGGGCUGACUCGGGCCUCGCUGGCCCCUUCAGGCUGGACAGCCCCGCCUCUGCAGAGCGGAUUAGAAAUGCCUGCAGCGACCGCUUCACCAAACUGAAUCCUUCAGCAAAGCCUGGAACCUUCCGCCCUUGGUCUGUCCAAGUCUAGUUUUGGCCUCCAAAACCAGAAGCACACAUCACCAGAUGGACACACACUUCAAGAACAAAACAAGUUUGUCGACACAAGACUAUUGUCAAAUGUUCACUGAGUCCAUAAAGAAGUUAUUUUGAAAGUAGAACUGAUCCAGGCUACACUGCAAAAAGUGAAAUCCAAGCAAGAUGAAAUAUCUCAAAUACGGCUGAUAUUUACUUCUUUUAUGUCUGAUAAGAUCAUUCUUCCCACUAAGCAGAUUUGAUGUUGGAGUGUUUUACUUGUUUGAAGUGUUUUGCUCCUAAAUGAUCUCAGUAAGAUAUUACAGUGUUACCAUUUAGUGGUCAAUUGUACGGAAUAUGUACUUCACUGUGCAACCUACUAAUAAAAGUCUCAAUCAAUCAAUCAAUCAAAGCUUGUUGCUGAGAUGUGAUGAGCUAUGUUGAGUAAAACAUGUUUGAAACUAGAAUAUCAACUGUUGUGUCAUCAACACUCACAAGUAGAAAACUACUUUUUGAAAGUACCGUCGUUUUCGGAGUAUAAGUCGCUCCAGAGUAUAAGUCACACCGGCCAGAAAUGCAUAAUAAAGAAGGAAAAAACAUAUAUAAGUUGCACAGGGGCCGUACUUAUCAAGCUUCUUAGAAUUACUCCUAAGAAGUCUGCUAAGAGUUGACUUAAGAGUAAAUAAAUUCUUGGCUGAAAGCUGCACUUAAAAGUUAGUUAUCAAGCGUCUUACUCACACUUUCAGCGAAGUGUAGGACUGAAUCUUAAGUGUCACACUCAGAGCUGAAUUACGACAUUACUAUGUGCCGUAAACGCAAUUUUAGGUGACGUCAUUUCUGUGUCCAUAGAAAUGACCAAUCACGGAAGGGAAUCCGUUGUCUAAGAAUAAAGAAAUAUCUUGGAAAUAUUGAAGUGGACAAUGGGAGUGUAUAUUUUGACAAUAAACUACAAAAUAAUACAAAACAAACAAACAAUAUUGGCAAUGAAUCAAAAAUAAAUGUUUCCUUUUUGUUGCACCUUUCCUGCUUCUUGCUCCCAGACCGUAACAAAGAGGCAGGGGAGACACUUCUCCAGGAUGUAUGCUCGGGGCAACACCCUUCACUUUACCCGGCAGUGGCUCUCCACAGCGGACGACUUUAGAGUGAAUGAUGAGUCCGGCGAUUAGUUGCAAAUCUUGAGUCCCGGCUCGCACUCACAAUACCGCUCCCUCUCUUCUCUCGCCCACACACUCACUGACGUCACUCACCUCACGGCCACACACAUACGCUACUGUCAUAACAUUUUCUUUCCAAUUCAUUAAUUAGGCAACUCAUUUGAAAGUGGUGUGGGUGGCUCUAUAUAUACUAGCCCACUGCAGACACAUGCAGAAAUCAACAAGGAAUCGAAAAGUAUUAAAUCUGUGACAAAAAUAAUACCCGCUCUGUCUAAACGAUACCGUUUGAUCAGCUGCUCGUCAUCAAAAAAAAAAAAAACAUUGUUCCGUUCCCUGAACGUUGGCGCACGUCUCUCUCGCCUCAGUGCCAUCCCCUGCUGGCAACUCCUAACCACUUAAGACACCUCUGAAGGUCUCUUAAAUAUCGUGGAGAGUAGGAGUGAUUCUUAGACUUAAGAACGUUGAUAAAAAGCUUUUAUUCUUAAGUUUGAGAGUAGGACUAAAUUUCACAAAUUCUCAGGACUUAAGUGUAAAAUGGCCCUCUAAGAAGCUUGAUAAGUACGGCCCCUGGAGUAUAAGUCGCAUUUUUUGGGGAAAUAUAUCUGAUAAAAGCCAACAGCAAGAAUAGACAUUUGAAAGGCAAUUUAAAAUGUGUAAAGAAUAGUGAACAACAGGCUGAAUAAGUGUACGUUAUAUGAGGCAUAAAUAACCAACUGCUAUGUUAACGUAACAUAUUGAUUGAGACUUUUAUUAGUAGGUUGCACAGUACAGUACAUAUUCCGUACAAUUGACCACUAAAUGGUAACACCCCAAUAAGUUUUUCAACUUGUUUAAGUCCACUUAAAUUGAUUCAUGAUACAGAUAUAUACUAUCAUAUAUACUAUCAUCAUAAUACAGUCAUCACACAAGAUAAUCAUCAGAGUAUAUACAUUGAAUUAUUUACAUUAUUUACAAUCCGGGGUGGGGGGUAAGUUUGGUUGGUAUCAACAAUCAGCAUCAACAAUUGCAUCAUCAGAGCAAUGGACAUUGAAACGGUGUCGGACUGACUUGGUAGGAUAUGUACAGCAAGUAGAGAACAUAGAGAGACAUCAGAAAGUAUAAGAAAAAGUGUAAGAAAACGUGUCUACAUUUGAUUGUUUACAAUCCAAAGAAGUAUUAUGUGGAAGGGAGGGUGUUAGUUUAGGGUUGUAGCUGCCUGGAGGUGUUGUUUUAGUGCGCUUUUGAAGGAGGAUAGAGAUGCCCUUUCUUUUAUACCUGUUGGGAGCGCAUUCCACAUUGAUGUGGCAUAGAAAGAGAAUGAGUUAAGACCUUUGUUAGUUGGGAAUCUGGCUUUAACGUGGUUAGUGGAGCUCCCCCUGGUGUUGUGGUUAUGGCGGUCAUUUACGUUAAGGAAGUAGUUUAUGGUAAGAGUCAUUCAAAUAACUAUAACAUAUAGAACAUGCUAUACGUUUACCAAAUAAUCUGUCACUCCUAAUCGCUAAAUCCCAUGAAAUCUUCCUCUGGUAUGCACGUUUCCUUUCUUUCUGCUGCUCGAUUGCUGUCUCUGCUGCAUAUUUCACUACGUCCAGCUUGUAAUCUGCACUAUAGGACUUCCUUUUCGCUGCCAUUUUAGUCCACUUUUUAUAAGUUACCGCCAAUGUUGAUGUGAUCCAUUUUAAUUAGGGAUGUCCGAUAAUGGCUUUUUGCCGAUAUCCGAUAUUCCGAUAUUGUCCAACUCUUUAAUUACCGAUACCGAUAUCAACCGAUAUAUGCAGUCGUGGAAUUAACACAUUAUUAUGCCUAAUUUGGACAACCAGGUAUGGUGAAGAUAAGGUCCUUUUUAAAAAAAUUAGUAAAAUAAGAUAAAUAAAUUAAAAACAUUUUCUUGAAUAAAAAAGAAAGUACAACAAUAUAAAAUCAGUUACAUAGAAACUAGUAAUGAAUGAAAAUUAGUCAAAUGAAGUGUUAAAGGUUAGUACUAUUAGUGGAGCAGCAGCACGCACAAUCAUGUGUGCUUACGGACUGUAUCCCUUGCAGACUGUAUUGAUAUAUAUUGAUAUAUAAUGUAGGAAGCAGAAUAUUAAUAACAACCAUUUUGUGUGAAUGAGUGUAAAUGGGGGAGGGAGGUUUUUUGGGUUGGUGCACUAAUUGUAAGUGUAUCUUGUGUUUUUUAUGUUGAUUUAAUUAAAAAAAAAAAAAAAAAAAAAAAACGAUACCGUUAAUAAAAAAACAGAUACCGAUAAUUUCCGAUAUUACAUUUUAACGCAUAUAUCGGCCGAUAUUAUCGGACAUCUCUAAUUUUAAUAGCUACGGCAAUAGCAUAUAGCAGUUAGCAUCCCAUGACCCACAAUGCACUUCUGCCACGACCCGCCCCCGCCGAAUUCUUAUUGGUUGACGUGUGAGUGACGAUGGCUGCCAUUUGCUUCGUCUCUUGUGCGAAUGAGCUAAAUAAUAUCAUUUGAUAUUUGACGCUAAUGUGUUCAUCAUUUCACACAUAAGUCGCUCCUGAGUAGAAGUCGCACCCCCGGCCAAACUGUGACAAAAAAGUGCCACUUAUAAUCCGAAAAAUGCGGUAAUCAUUUCUUACUUCAAGCGUGAAAAAAAUAAAUAAAUCAUGAUGCCGAGCGCAUAUCAUUAUGUGAAGAUGACGGCACUAGCAUUUACUUCCGCCAUCCUAGUGACUGCCGUUGUGUCCUUGGGCAAGACACGUCACCCACACUGCUUUAAAUGGAACUUAGAUAUUGGCUUUCACUAUGUAAAGUGCUUUGAGUCACUAGAGAAAAAGCGCUAUACAAAUAUAAUUCACUUCACUUCAUUUAAGAACAUUUUUCAACAUAUUGAGCAAAAUGUCUCUUUUUUUUCUAGCAAGAAAAGUGCACUUGUUAUUAGUGAGAAUUUACUUAUUUGAAGGUAUUUUUGGGGUUAUUGAGGUUAGCUAAUUUGACUUGUUUUGGAAAGUCUUGACCAGCCAAAUGUUGUUGUUGUGUUGGCAGAUCAUUUAGCUUAGUUCAAAUAAAAUACCCCUCAUUUUUGUAUUUUGUUUUCUUGUUUUUGAACACUGACUUUUUGCAGUGUAAUUAGCUCAUGUUUCUGGCACAAUGUGUGAUUGAUCUGUUGAAAAGCUCUACGGAGAUGACGAUUUCAUUUACCAGCAGUAACUGGUGUACCGACCAUGGCAUUACUGUCCUCCAACUCCCCUGACCUCAACCCCAUAGAGAGUGUGUGGGGUAUUGUGAAGAAGAAGCUGAAAGACACCAGAGCCAAUAAUGCAAAUGAGCUAAAAGCCGCUAUUGAAGCCUCCAUAACACCUCAGCAGUGCCACAGGCUGAUUGCCUCCAUGCCAUCCAUAA